CGGCGGAUGCGAAUCGAACGAAAUGAUCGCUCACAGCCGAAAGCAAAGGUAGUAGCAUUUACAGAGAUCACAAGUAAUACAAUCAACAACCAACUGUCAUCCCAUCUCUCUUCUCUCUCCUGUCGAGAGGCAUAGCGAUAGAAGCACAGGGUCUUUCCAUUGACAUUCGCUCACGAUGAACCCAUACCUCAUCUCGACAAAUCCACCGCCGCAGCGGCCACCGCGACCACCAGAACCGUCUAAAAAACCUCACGAACAGCAUCCUAUCCCGGACAUCCCAGGUCGACUGAUCCCGACAGAGACGAGAAAUCAAGUCCAGUCCCUGUUGGUGGGGCUCGUUCCGGGAUUUACUGGUCGGUUUCCCGGUGCUCAACCUGUCAGCAUGACCUACUCAAGUUUGACAAGGCUGGAAGAGAACAACUUCUGGGUAUGCGAAAAGACGGACGGCGUCAGGGUGCUCUUGUUGAUCGUGUGGAACGGACGAUUAGGCCGACAAGAAACCUUUCUAGUGGACAGGAAGAACGACUACCGGCAGAUCGAGCACCUUUAUUUCCCUCAUCAUGAGGCGCCGAUGUUGAGACCCGGAUUUGCGGGAAAUCCAGGUGACGAACGGAAUUGGUGCAGCACGACGUUGGUGGACGGGGAGCUGGUACUAGAUAAAGACAAGGUGACGGGACAGUACAAGCUCAGAUAUUACGUCUUUGAUAUGCUAGUAUACAACAAGGAAACCAUGAUGCUGAACAACUUGGAGAAACGAUACGGGAAAAUGCAAGGCUGGUUGAUCAAGCCGCAGAGACAGUAUUACAAGCUCGAUGACGCAUGGAGACGGAUGGCGCCUUUCGAAGUUUUGGCUAAACCGAUGGAAUUGGCCUAUGGUCUGGAUAAGGUCUUGCUGCAGGAAAUCCCGAAACUGGAACACGGGCACGAUGGUUUAGUCUUCACUCGAGUGGAUACGCCAUACGUAGUAGGGGAGGACAGCAACAUCCUCAAAUGGAAACCCCCUAACGAAAACUCGGUCGACUUCAAACUGACACUCCGAUUCCCAGCUUCGGCCGAGAAUCCAAACCUGCCAGAUUUGUCGGAAAAGCCAAUAUUCCUUUUACACGUCUUUCGUGGAGGACGGGGCCAAGAAGCGUACACGUUUUGCGACCGGAUGGUCGUGAGCGACGACGAAUGGGAGGCAAUAAAAGCCUCUGGUGAACAGUACGAUGAGCGCAUCGUCGAGUGUGCCUGGAACGAGGAUCUUCAGUCCUGGACAUUCAUGAGGUUUAGGGACGACAAGCACGAUGGCAAUUUUAUCGAUAUUGUCGACAAGAUCAUCGACAGUAUUCGAGACGGAGUCGUGGAGGCUCAGUUAUUGGACCGGGUACCAGCAAUCCGCGAAGGACACAGAGAGAGGAAAGCAAAAGCAGCUCAGACGGCCAGACCGCCGCCGGAUCAGAACCGGCCUACGAAACCGACGAUCCCGACUGCGCCACGACCGACGGCCUCACUCGGCAUGCCUAAACCUACCGGGUACCCGAUGCCGACAGGUCGAUAUGGAAGUGGUAUUCUCGGCGGUGGUCUACGACGUUGACGACGAUGAUGAUGAAGGAUAGAUGUCGUAUUUUCUCAUGUUGUAUAUCGUCGUAGCGGCAUGCGAUGAGCAUGUGUUCAUGCGAUAGCGUUCUCUGGUGGCCCGUGGCUGACGAUGGGUCACAUGAGUCGGGUUAUACAAGUGCAAAAGAUCCC